AUGGCAUCAAAAGGUCAUGGUAAUGGACGGCGUAAGAAUGGUAAGAAAGGACUUGAGAAUCUUUCCGAAGGUCAAUAUACACCACCCCUACUACCACCUGUUACCAAAACUCUUCAACCAGUUACUACAAAUAUUAUUCCUCCUCCAAGGGCAACUAUUUCACUACCAAAUGCAUUUUUCAUGCCCCCAUCGCCCCACCAACUUUCUGAAUUGAGAAUUGGAGGUCCUAACACAUCAAUAUCGCCCUUCAUUGAUAGUACUGCAGUAUCUAAUGCUACAGCGGCUGCUUCCCAGUUUCCUAAAUUUAAAGAGGUAGUAGAAUAUGAUAGCAACGGGAGGCUAAUUAUUUCCCCUGAUGAUAAUGGGUUCAUUCCCGCUUAUGCCGGCAGACAUAUGGUUAUAGAAGUAAUUAAACCAUUUUACACGGAGCCGUGGGGUAGUUGGAACGAAAUUCGACUCGACAUCAGAGUGCUUAUGUGGAAUCAGUUUGUGACAAAGUGUGCAUGGAAUUCUUGUCAUGAUAAUAAAACUCAAUGCAUUUUCAAGUUGAAAGCAGCUCAAUGUAUUAAAGAACACUUGUAUAAGGCCCGGAGGCACUUGGAAAAACCUGGAUGGCUGAAUGCUAAUGUGUGGGAUCAGUUCUUGAAAAAAUGGGAUACUCCUAAAUAUAGGGAAAGGAGGGAACUGGUAAAGGAAAAUAGAGCGUCUCAAAUGGGUGGCUCAUUGCACACUGAAGGUUCGAUGAGUUUCGCUACACACUGA